AUGUGUUCCGAAGAAAGGAGGCAUGACCGUGAUUCAAAACGGAAAAAUGAGCUCAUCCCAAUGAGAAUAGUGACCGGAUGGAGAGAAGGUCAUUCUAUUGCUUCUCGGAUGGAUAUUCUAGCUAUAACCAAAUCAACAUUGCCUUGGAAGAUCAAGAGAAGACGACAUUCACAUGCCCAUAUGCGAGUUUUGCCUUUAGCUGUAUGCCUUUUGGGCUGCGCAACGCCUGGCUACUUUCCGACGGUGAAUGAUGUCAAUCUUCUCGGACAUGGUGGAGGAUUUCUUAGAGCUAUUGGGGCGGUGCUUGGUCAACGUCAUAACAAGAUCCUUCACCCUGUCUACUAUGCAAGAAAGACACUCAAUGGCGCUCAAAUUAAUUACACUGUGACUGAGCAAGAACUUCUCGCCAUUGUCUAUGCUUUUGAAAAGUUUCGGGCUUAUUUGUUGGGCUCCAAAGUGAUAGUUUACACCAAUCAUGGUGCUCUUCGCUAUCUUAUGGCGAAUAAGGAUGCCAAACCAAUAUUUAUUUGGUGGGUCCUUUUGUUGCAAGAGUUUGACUUCGAAGUCAAGGAUCGGAAAGGGACAUAA